GGCAGCACUUUUAAGAGAAGAGCAAAGGAGCACGAUGCGAUUGGCACCUUGCUCUUGAGACCCAACUGAAGGCCAACCUGAGAGAAGAUUUCCUCACCAUGACGACAGGUUUUUCCCAGGACCAGGUGGCAUGUGUGUGUGAGGUUCUUCUUCAGAGCGGGAGUAUCGAUCGCUUAUCAUCCUUCCUUCAUUCUGUACCUCCUCUCUCCACAUGUCCUGCCUCGUCGUACCUGGGCUCACAGCAUAACGUAGAGAGUGUGUUGAAGGCGCGGGCGGCUGUGGCCUUCCAUCAGGGCCGGUUCAGCGAGCUCUACGCUCUCAUCGAGGGCAACGUGUUCUCGCCAAGCAGUCACUCGCUUCUCCAGCAGCUCUGGCUCCGGGCGCGCUACCUAGAGGCUGAGCUGCAGCGAGGGCGCCCUCUUGGAGCUGUGGGCAAAUACAGAGUACGGAGAAAGUUCCCCUUGCCUCGAACCAUAUGGGAUGGAGAAGAGACCAGCUACUGCUUCAAGGAGAAGUCACGGUGCGUGCUGAGAGAGUGGUACUGCAGGAAGCCCUACCCCUCGCCCAGGGAGAAGCGGGAUUUAGCCCUAGCGACUGGUCUCACAGCCACUCAGGUCAGCAACUGGUUCAAGAACCGCCGUCAGAGGGACAGAGCCGCUCAGGGUCGCAAAGGACAAAUUGAGGAUUCUGUCCCAGAGUGCUUGGGCUCAGACGGAACGACUAGAGGCUCGCUCCACAGGUCUGACGACGAGCUUUCCCCUCCGCCGAGUCCCAGCUCGAGAGGAGAACUGUUGCCCUGCUCUCAGGUCUCUUCGGCCCAGCCUCCACCUCUCAGGCACAUGGGAACCCAGCACUAUUUUACCUACUGAGGCCACUUUCAGUGCAGACUAAAUUCACUCUAAUGAGCUGGAGCAUGAACAUAUGGACAGACAUACACUGCCCCCUAGUGACAAGAAAGCAGAAAUUCUCCCACAGUCUGAUUAGUCUGUGUUGGAUACAACUGCCUUAUCAAGAAGAACAUUUUUUUAAAAAGUCUACAGGAAAUGGCCUCAUGUUUCAAAAUAUAAAUUUUCUUUUUGUCUACUAUUAUGUUCCCUUUAAUUUUGUAACAAAUUACGGUUGCUUUUAUAGGAAUGUAAAAAUAAUAAAUAAAAUAGUCCACAAAAAUUUGUUCUAACUUCAGUAGCAAACGUAUGUACUA